ACAAACAAAAGAAAAUGUAAACAAACAUUGAAGAAAGAGCCAUUUGAAAUCCAUCAUUUGCCACGAUGGCUCUAUUUUUUGUUUAUGUUGCUUUUUUGUUUUUGAUAAGUUAUGAUGAAAAUUAUGUUAGCUCCAGCAAUUCAAGUGACGGCGUCGAAGCAGAUGAGUUGGAAUUAUCUUUGCUGAAAAAGCUGCUCGAGGCUAAAGUAGCAAAGAAAAGAACAAAUAACGCCACCAACGACGUUGUCAACAAAAUCAAAAAAGUCUUGAAUGAUAGUGUAUCUGAAGACGGCGAAAAGGACAGAACUGCACAGUCAAGAAUAGGAGAAGAUUGUCUUCCUACUGACUUCAAAUGUACCUACGAUAAGAAAUGUAUAUUCGGCGAAUGGGAGUGUGAUGGAAUGCUCGAUUGUAAGGAUGAAACGGACGAAAAAGAUUGCUUUGAGUGCGUUCAUGAUUUUCAGUCGUUUUUGCUUCCGCCUGAGCGUGUCUGCGAUGGCAUCCCUGAUUGUGUGAAAGGUGAAGAUGAACAUGGAUGCAAAACACCCUGUGAUUUCACAGAAUUUCAAUGCGAAAAACAGAAUCCUCACUCGAAAUGUAUUCCCGAAGAAUGGACAUGUGAUGGGUUCCCAGAUUGUCCAGAUUUUGAAGACGAAGUAGUUGAAGUGUGCGGAGAGAUUAAGGAUCGUUGCGGGAACGAAGACUUUACUUGUUACCAUCAACAAUUUUGUAUACCUAUGGUAUGGUUAUGCGAUGAUGCUGAUGACUGUGGCGAUCAUUCUGAUGAAGGAAAUGAUUAUUGUGAUUAUAAUAGUAGAAACGCAGGAGAUGAAAGUCAAGGCGUCAACUCAUUUUCUUGGUCGAAGUGGAGUGAAUGGUCAUCUUGCAGCUCACAUUGUGAUGGAGAACAGAUACGUACAAGAAGAUGUUUGUCUGGAAAUUGUAGGGGAGAUCGAACAGAGAUAAAAGCUUGCGGAGAAGCAUAUCCUUGCAUGCAGGAACCUUCGUCUGGAUGUGGUACCAGAGUUUUUGAUUUGCCUAUGGGAAGAAUUCUUGGUGGCAGAGACGCUCAAGUACACGAAUGGCCAUGGCAGGUUCAGAUUUUUCGUCCAGGAAAGACUAUUCCUUUUUGUGGUGGAUCACUUAUACGACGAAAUUGGAUCCUAACUGCUGCACACUGCUUCAACAAUUAUCGAUACGAAGCCAGUAAAUACACAAUAGCUCUGGGACGCCAACACACCUCCAGGAGAAUAGAGGAUGAUGACGCCGUACUUAUACCUGGAAGGAAAUUAAUAAUUCAUGAAGCAUACACACGUUCAAGUCACAGAGACGACAUAGCUUUGAUACAGCUUGAAAAAAAUGUGCCAGAAUCUCCAGGUAUAAAUACUGUCUGUCUACCAGAAGCUGGAAGUGACUGGCUACAACACGAUCCAAGCGAGCCACCAGAAUGUUACGUGACAGGAUUCGGUAUCAACGAAAUAGGCAAAAGGCCCGCUGUUCUACAAACCGCUCAUGUGUAUCUCAUUAAACAUGAAGUUUGUUCUACUGCACACAUUUAUGGAAGUCGCGUUACAAGAAACAUGAUUUGUGCGGGCCAUCUUGAAGGAGGCAUUGACGCGUGUCAGGGUGACAGUGGCGGGCCUCUAGUUUGUCAGCAUCCACAAGAUGGUAUGUGGAUAGAAGUUGGUUUGACGAGCUGGGGAAAAGGAUGUGGACUCCCGAACAGACCCGGAGUAUAUACCAGAAUAUCAAAAUACAUUGAUUGGAUUGAUAUGCAUAUCAAAGAAAAGACUAGAUGAAAGAAUUCAGACCAAUAAUUUUUGUUUUGGGCAUUGUGUUCCUCUGUUGUAUUAUUAUAAUUUAUUUGAGUAUUCUUUUUGUAUUCAGUACGUUACAUACAUAUAUGACAGACAAUCACAUAUCUCACAGGCAGAUAAAUUUAUUCAUUUGAUAAGAAAAAUUUCGAUAAAUGAAAAAUAUACAAUAAAUGCAAUUCGUA